AUGAAUCUGUUAAUUAGAGUUCUUAUUGCAGUCUUCAUCACAGUAUGUGUGUCUCAGUCAUCAUCCUUGGCAGUCAAAAGCAAAAAGUCUUAUAUAGUCUAUUUGGGAGGAAUAAAUCAAGAACUUGAAGCAUCUCAGAUUAAAGAUUCCCACUUUGAGUUUCUUGGUUCGAUAUUAGGGAGCAAAGAGAGGGUUGAUGAGGCCUUGAUUUACUCGUACAAUAAACAGUUUAACGGCUUCGCUGCUCUCCUCGACGAAGAAGAUGCUGCUAAACUUGCUGAGCAUCCGGACGUGGUGACUGUGAUCCAGAAUAAAGGGCGAAAAUUACACACAACCCAUUCUUGGGAUUUCUUAAAGCUUGAAAAGAAUGGAGUCAUUGGUUCUUCUUCGUUGUGGACGAAAGCAAAAUUUGGUGAAAACAUCAUCAUUGCCAAUCUAGACACUGGUGUUUGGCACGAAUCGAAAAGCUUCAAUGACUAUGGUUAUGGGCCCAUUCCAUCUAAGUGGAAGGGUGGAUGUGAGAAUGAAACCUUAGUUCCUUGCAACAAUAAACUUAUUGGUGCCAAGUACUAUAACAAAGGUUUUCAAGCCAGAUAUGGAAAAUUGAAUUCUUCAAUGAACACUGCUCAUGACCAUGAAGGGCAUGGUAGCCACACAUUAUCUACCGCAGGCGGUAACUUUGUUCCAGGAGUAAGUAUUAAUGGACUCGGAACUGGAACUGCUAAAGGUGGUUCACCACGAGCCCGAGUGGCAGCUUACAAGGUCUGCUGGCCACCAACCUUGUUAGGGGGUCAAUGUGAUGAUGCAGAUAUAGUCAAAGCGUUUGAAUCCGCCAUCCAUGAUGGUGCUGAUGUGAUUUCAAUAUCUCUUGGUGGACCCCCUGCGGAAUACAUGAAUGACGGGCUAGCCAUUGCGUCAUUUCAUGCUGUCAAGAAAGGUAUCACUGUUGUGUUUUCUGCAGGGAAUGAUGGGCCCACACCUGGAUCAGUCACCAAUCUGGCUCCUUGGGCUAUAACUGUUGGGGCUACCACGACUGACCGCGAGUUUCAAUCUUUUGUAGAUCUUGCUAAUGAGCUUAACUUAAAGGGAUUAAGCAUGUCCAAACCUUUGCCACAUUCUGGAUUUUAUCCACUAAUUAAUGCUGCAAAUGCUAAAGCUGAAAACGCAUCCAUGAUGAAUGCAACGCUUUGCGCUGAAGGUGCGCUUGACCCGAAGAAGGUUGAAGGGAAGAUUUUGGUGUGCCUAAGGGGAGGCAAUGUGGGUCGGGUUGAGAAGGGCGUAGUAGCUGCAAGUGCUGGUGCUGCUGGCAUGAUUCUUUGCAACGCUGAAGCCGAUGGUGAGGAACUAAUAGCUGAUCCUCAUGUGCUGCCAGCGACACACAUCACAUAUGCUGAUGGGCUUCGUCUCUUCGCCUACCUCAACUCUACCAAUGAACCAUUGGGCUACAUAACCCAACCUGAAACAGCCUUAAACAUAAAGCCCGCCCCGUUUAUGGCCGGGUUCUCCUCUAGGGGCCCAAAUACAAUCACACCAGAGAUUCUUAAGCCUGAUAUUACCGCGCCUGGAGUGAAUAUCAUUGCAGCAUACUCCGAAAAUGAAGAUCCCGUAUUACCAUACAACAUACUAUCAGGCACUUCAAUGUCCUGUCCUCAUGUUGCUGGAGUUGUUGGUCUCCUCAAAAGUAUCCACCCUGACUGGAGCCCUGCUGCCAUCAAAUCUGCCAUCAUGACCACUGCAAAUAUAAAAGACAACAAUGGGAGCCCAAUGCUGGAUGAAAAUAAAAAUGAAGCGAACCCAUUUAGCCGUGGUGCUGGAGAUAUUGAUCCAAACCGUGCGAUGAACCCUGGACUGGUUUAUGAUUCAACUGUAAAUGAUUAUCUUGAUUUCCUAUGCACUAGAGGAUACAACAAGAGCAUAAUUCAGAAGUUUUCUGACCACCCUUACCAAUGUCCUGAAAACAACAGCAUCUUAGACUUCAACUACCCUUCCAUAACUGUCCAUAAACUUAAUGGUACUGUCACCGUCACAAGAAGAUUGACGAAUGUGGGCCCACCUGGCAUGUAUACAGUUAGAGUCAAGAGCCCUGCUGGGAUAUCAGUGGAUGUGAAGCCAAACAUUCUUGUAUUUGAGAAGAAGGGUGAAGUACAGAAGUUUGAGUUGACAAUGAAAGCUGAUGGGACAAGUGUGAUUAGAGAUUAUGUUUUUGGGGAACUAAUAUGGUUUAAUGGCAAGCAUUAUCAUGUGAAGAGCCCCAUUGUGGUUUCUGUCGCCUAAACAAGCUAUUAGUUGUUGAUUUAGUAAGUAAUGGCUUGUUACUUUCAUUGUUUUUUAGUUUUGAAUUUUGUCUGCAACUAUU